GACACGCGUACUAUCAGAUAGAGAAAUAUGUCGCUGCUGAAGGAGAUUCAGGCAAACGCAGCGGUGGCGUGGAGCCCCGUGAAGCGUCGUGCUGAGCUCUUGGCGCUCGGCUCCAAGGGCGACGGCGGCGUCGGCUUUGAGAACACCGGCGGCGAGUUCAAGCUCGUUUCCAUGGACCUGAGCGACCCAGGUCGCGAGAUGAUUACGCUAGGUUCCGUUAAGACGGCGUCGCGAUUCACGUCGCUUGCCUGGCGCGACGUACCUCGCCACCACGACACGUGUCCGUACGGCAUCAUCGCCGGCGGCAUGGCGGACGGUUCUGUAUCGCUCUGGAACCCGGCGCUUAUGCUGGAUCGCGAGCCUGGCACUGACGCGCCUGCAUCCUGCGAGAUCGGACGCAUCACGCGCCACAAAGGUGCUGUCAACGCAUUGCAAUUCAACCCACACGAGGACAGCGCGCACCUGUUGGCAUCUGGAGGCAGCGAUGGUGAAGUGUACAUUAUGUCGCUUGAGAAACUGGCCAGCCCCGGUGUCUUUACGCCUGGAGGUCCUUCCACGCCCCAAGCUCAAGCCAACGAGAUCACCAGCGUGGCAUGGAACACUCAAGUGAACUACAUCUUAGCCACAGGCUCCCAGAACGGUUCGGUCGUUGUCUGGGAUCUUAAGCAGAAGAAACCGUGGUGCGAGCUGCGUGAUCCUGCGCGUGGAGCAGCCACUGCAAUUGCCUGGAACCCCAAUGAGGGGCUACAGAUUGCUACUGCCUCGGGUGAUGACCAGCAUCCCUCAGUUAAGCUCUGGGACUUGCGUAACUCGACGAGUACUCCGCUAGCUGAGUUCCACGACCACACCGCCGGCGUUCUAUCCAUGUCAUGGUGUCCCAACGACCCUGGUCUCAUCUUAUCGUGCGGCAAGGACAACCGGACGCUGCUGUGGGACUUGUUUUCACGCAAGACAGUGGUCGAAUUCCCCUCAGAUGCGCCUAAUGCACCUCCUAUGGGAUCGGACCAAUUCUUCGGGGGCGGGCUCGCUGGCCAGCGUCGUUGGGAUGUUCAGUGGUCGCCUCAAGUUCCUGCAGUUGCGUCAACGUGCACACUGGAUGGAAAGCUGCAGAUUUGGGGUCUUUCCGGCGGUGGGAACCCGGCUUGUCGUCCCCCGAAGUGGAUGCGUCGCCCGGCCGGCGCCUCGUUUGGCUUUGGUGGCAAGCUGGUGACUAUUGCCAACCCUCAGGAACCUGCGGGACCCAAUACCGACCACCGCCGUAUUAUUCACAUGCAACGCGUGAUCAGUGACACUGGACUGGUGGCGGAAGCGGAGGCUUUGGAUCGUUCCCUGGAAACGAAGGACUUUAAGGGACAUUGUGAGCAGAAGAUUACUUCGGCAGCAACAGCUGAAGAGCGUAGUGUGUGGAGCUUCAUGAAGAUCCUCUUUGAGAAGGAUGCGCGUCAGCAUCUGCUGCUUCAUUUGGGGUUGGAUGCGGAAAAGAUUAACGAACUGAACGCCAAGUUUAACCCCGAGGCUGCGGCGGCACAGCAAGCUGCAGCUGCUGCUGCUCAAGCUGCUAACUCGGCCGCACAGGCUCCUGGAGCGCAAGUGGACCCAGUGACGGGAGCGCUGCUCAGCGAUCGGAUCGAUUCUGGUAUGGGAGCGGACGACGUGUUCGCUUCUGGCUUCCACCCGAAGACUGACGACACUGCUGCUACAACUCCGGCUUCGCCGUUGUCGGACGUCUCUGCAUUAGCUGCUGCACUUCCCUCUGCGCUAGAUGAGGACAAGAGCAAGCGUCUGGAUGCAGUUCCUGCACCUGUAUACACUGAAGAAUCCGAGAGCACGUUGAUGCAGGCGCUGCUGGUGGGUAACUUCGAAGUGGCUGUCAACUGCUGCUUGGCGUACAACCAGCUAGCAGACGCGCUGCUACUUGCUUCCUGUGGCGGCCCUGAGCUCUGGGAGAAGACCCAGCGUGCGUUCUUUGCUCACCAGCAACGUCCUGUGAUGCGUGUGGUAUCUGCUAUCAUCAAGAACGAGCUAACUGAGCUCGUGGAGGUGUCGGAUCUUGCUGAAUGGCGUGAAACUCUGGCCAUCUUGAGCACCUACGCUAAAAGCGAAGAGUUCCCGUCGCUUUGUGACAAACUGGCCGUUCGACUAGAGGCUGCUGGCGAUUUGCACUCGGCUACGUUGUGCUUCAUGUGUGCUGUAAAUGUAGAGAAGACUGUGAGUGCCUGGUGCAAGGAAAGCGCGUUCGAGGCUUGCACCCACGGCCACACCUUUGCGCUCCACCGUCUUGUGGAGAAGGUGUCUGUCUUCGCGAUGGCUGUGGACCAACCUGACCAAUCUAUGGGCCCUGAGGUGGCCCAGCGUUUCGCUGAGUAUGCUUCUCUGAUGGCUGCGGAAGGACGUCUGGAUAUUGCUGCGAAGUACGCACGCUUCCCGGAUCUCAGUUGCGCGAUCUUGAAAGACCGCAUUUUCAACGCGUACCCCACUCAGGGCUACCAGCCACCUUCGUUCCCGUUCGACGUGGUUCAGAUUCAAACGCAAGCACAGAUUCAGCAACAACAGCAACAACAGCAACAACAGCAGCAACAGCAACAGCAACAACAGCAACGCCAAGCUGGUCAGCAACAGAGAGGCUACGGCAACAAGCCUGCCUAUGGGGCUGGAAGGAACCAGUUUGGUGCUCCUGCUGCGCCAACACCGGCACCUGCCGCCGCUCCGAUGCCUACUCCUGGCGCCUACGGUGGCCAGAAUGCAGGGUACCAGCAGCAGCACACACCGGCACCGACACCAGCUUUCCCUGGUCGUCCUGGGCCUGGUGGCUACCAGUCGACGCCUCAGCAACCUGCAUACCACGCCACGCCUGGCCUACCUCCUCAAGUGCAACAACCCGGAGGAUACCCCAACCAGCAACAGGCCGCAUACCCAGGCCAGUCUACGCCGUCUCCGUACCCAGGAAACCCGGCACCGACGCCCUUCCCGGGUCAAUCAGCAGCUCCUGCGUUCCCAGGCCAGACCCAGCAGUACCAGGUACCCCCACAGCAGCCUGGUUACGGCCGUCCGCAACAACCAGGCUUUCCAGGCCAACACCCGCCCCAGCCAGGUUUCCCGUCGGGCCCUCCGUCGUCGUCAGGUAGCCGCCAGCAGAUGUACUCGGGUCCUCCAUCAGCAGGCGGUACACCCCACAUACCAGGACCUUCUCCGGCUUAUGGUGGUGCUCCUCGUCCUGGAACGGGCUUCGGUGCGCCUGCUACUCCAGCUUCUCCCUCUAUUCCUCAAGGUACGGGGGUAAACCCGCUUGCUGCUGCGAUGGGGUCAUCGCGUAUUGCCAAGCCUUCUGUUGAUAUGAGUUCCCACCAACGUGAUGGAUUCGUAAGCAGUGUGGGCAACAAGGAACUGACACUGAAAUAUGGGAAUGCUACCACAGCCUCUCUCUCGCCAGUCGCUAACUCCGCCCCAAAGGCCGGUGACUUCCCCCCGGACGUUGUGCCUGGAAGCACUGAGAACGUGGGUCCGCAGGAUCUCCCUAUUGUAAACGCGUUCAAUGACCUCGUGAGUCAACUCCAGGGUCUCCCUCUCACUAUGAUGGAACAGAAGCAACUACAGGAGACUCAAAAGGGCAAGGAGAUAAUGUUUACCAAGCUUAAUAUCGGCGCUCUAUCGCCGGAGGUUGUGUCACGACUGCACGAGAUGGUGGUGUGCUUCGGACAACGCGAUUUUGGCACUGCACAGACCAUCUACGUGGCUCUCACGGCUUCGGACUGGGCACAGCACAAGGACUGGCUGCGUGGACUCAAGUCGCUCAUCCAUAUCUCCAUGAAGCGUUUUAGAUAAGCAGUCCACACCGUGGGCGACCUGGGGGGGACUACAGGGCUUUAAGCAGAUACACGGUCACCAAGUGAAGUGAUCGCAAAGGUCCUUGUCAGCCCAAUGCAGAUAAAACUAGGAAGGAUGUUUGUGUACGCGUGUUAUUGUUUGCAAACAGUGUUGGCAGAGACGUUGUUAGCAACUGGUAACGCUUCCAAUGCUGUACACUGUACAGUGUCCAGUUCAUUCUUCGUGCUUGUAGUAGUACACGCAUUUAGACUUGACUUAAGAGAAGCGUCUUGAUUCAUAUUAUACUGCAUGCGUAGAGCAGUGCCAAUCUGGAUCUUCGAAUAGAGUGGCGUCGGCUCGAUCGCCUUGGAGCCAGUAUCAAGUGCAGGGGCACGCAACAGCACGAGUGCAGAGACGAAAGUGUUGCCUUGAUCUCCAUUUGCCGACCCCCAGCAUCUGCGCGAUAAUGCC